AAAAGUCGCUGCGCUCAAAAGGUAAACAUCCACGACACAUGCCAUGGAGAACGAAAGCUCUUCGCCCUUGGCACGGGCAGCUCGCGCCUUGAUGGAGGCGGACUGGGUGUUGGUGGCCAGUGGAGCAGGCUUAAGUGCGGAUUCUGGGUUGGAGACCUACGAAGCCCUGGGCCCCGACUACGACCAGCUCUGUCGAGCAGAGCUAUUGUACGAGGACACUGAGCGCUUCCAGAACUUUUGGCUCAGCAGCUUGCUGAAGUAUCGUGCUCAAGUGCCGCACGAAGGCUUCCAAGUUCUGGAAGGCCUACUGCGAGAACGAGCAGAUAUGGGCCGAGUGUAUCUUUACACCAGCAACGUGGACGGUCAUUUGAGACAGCUGCGAGGCUUCCCCCUGUGUGAGCUCCACGGCUGCUGUGAGGAUUGGAUUUGCUCCGCUCGUCUGACGCCUGAGGCGGACCAUGCGCCCCGCUGGGCGCGGGUGCGGGCGGCACAGGAGGAACUCUUAAGAGGAGGCACAGCGUGCAGAGAGCCUAUGACAGUCCGGAUGGAAGGUGGCUUGGAAGAGGUGCCUUUGAAGUGUCAUUGUGGACUGCCACUGCGACCCUGUGUUUUGAUGUUCGGUGACGAGGAUGAAGCCUUGCUCCAGCAGCUUCAGAAGGCUUGGGCGCAGUACCAAUGCUGGGAGGAUGCCAUGGAGGAGGAGAUCAGCGGGAGCCAUUUGGUGAUCCUGGAGAUCGGUGUGGGACGCCGCGUGGAGGUGGUGCGACAGGAGUGUGAAGAGGUUUUGCGGGACGUGAAUGACAAGGGAGGGCGAACGACUCUGAUCCGGGUGAACUUGGAUGAAGAGAUCCUCUCACGGACGCCAGCUGCGCAUGGGAGCGAGAUCAUUUCACUGAAGAUGUCUGCCUUGGCCUUUCUCCGGCACAUCGCCCAGCUCGUGGAGCUACAUCAGUGAUUCAACGGAGGCGGUCUUAAUCCUCUCAACUGCCCAACACCUCCAUGGCGCUCACCGCUCCGGCGCGGUUGUGGGUGCGGGCACAGCGCCGCAGCCCGUACGGGCCAGGUGCAUCUCGCGUCCCAAGCCGGGCAGGGUGGUGGUGGUGCGGCUGCAGCAUCCGUGGAGAGCGGCAGAAGUGGGACGUCACUGAGCAGUCAGCGGCUGAGUGGUCGCCUAGUUUGGUUGAUCGGGUGAUAUUGAUUGUCCCCGGUCCAUUCCCUUCUGCAUGGGGAUGCUAUUCUUAAUUCGGUGCCGUGGUGCGGUUAGAUGGUUCGCAAGUUGUGUGUGUGUGUCACACCCUGCUUCUGAGGGUUGCCAGCAGGGGGCAUGAGCACCAUUGCAAGUCUCCUGCUAACGAAGACACUUGGCAAUCGGUGGUGAAACCAGACAUGAUCAGUCUGUCUGGCCUGUACCCCACUCUUCCAUAAAGGGCUAUUAAUGUGAAUGUUCAAACAAUACAGUUUUGGCCGACUCUUCACCUUGCCGUUCCUUCAGCCAAGGUCUAUUGAAGUGAUUUAGAGUGCUAAUGCAUCGGUGAAUCACUAGCUGACUGAAUGCUUGUUGAGCUAUACAUCUAAGUGUGUGGGUUCCGA